AAGUCAUCAAUAGUACUAAAAUCCUUGUGCGCAACAUACAAACGAGAAUCCGUCGUGGAAAAGGAAGGGAGCUUCAUUUCGAAGGGCCUUUACAAAGAGCUAUUUUUAUUUUGUUUUGUCUACGAAUGCAUGCAAUUUCCACCAAGGAAACAAAGAGACUAUAAUACCAUUAUGGCUUGGGCCAUCUGUGUUUUCGCUUGAAGAUACGAACAACGACGAUAGGAUACGAUCUCCCUGACUCGGGGUCAAUCGUUGUGAUUUCGGAUUUCGUUUUUCGCGUUCGUUCUCACGUGUCGAUGAUGUGUUGGGAGACCUGUUAGAGUGAUUUAAAUUUUAUAUAAUUUUUGAUUUCUUUUUAAAAUGGGCUAUCAUUUGAUAAGUGUUGAACCACUAGUAAAUUUGACUGGCCUGGAUGGCGCUGUAAUACGACUUCUUACUGGAAUUUUUAUUGCUUAUCCUUUGGCAUUUGUGUAUGGUCUUAUCUUGUACAAGAAGAAUCCAACUCUUCAGCAUUUUUUUCUAACAGUAUAUGGUGUAUUUCUGGCAGUAUUUCUAUAUGGUCUUGAAGGUCUUCAUACCGUAGUUGCUAUAAUAGUACAGUAUUUGUUAAUUCAUCUCAUUGGGCCAAACUCUAUGAUGAUUAUAGCAAGCUUCGCCUUUCAAAUGUGCUACCUGAUUAUUGGUUAUUGGGUUUAUUCAACAGAUCUAUAUGAUAUUGCCUGGACAACAGCCCAAUGUAUUCUAGUGUUGCGUUUACUUGGUGUUGCAUGGGAUACCUAUGAUGGGGCUCAAGAUUUGGAAAAAGCUUCAGCUGAUACAAAAGAAAUGGCUUUAAGAACUCCACCAGGCUUUUUAGAGAUGACUGGCCACGCAUAUUUCUUUGGAUCAUUUAUUGUUGGACCACAGUUUCCAAUGUCUCGAUACCUUUCAUUCAUUAAAGGAACAUUAAUCCCUCCAGAGCAUGAUCAGCAAAACAUUAAGAUUAAGAGAGGUCUUCUUCGUUUGGCAGCUGGAAUUGUUUAUCUGACUUUUCAUGCAUUGAUUGAGCCUAGUUUUAAUAAUGCAUACUUGGUUUCCAAAGAAUUUGAGACUUUGUCAUUGAUAAAGAAAUUUGCAUAUAUUACAGUGUGGGGUAGAGCAGCUCUUUGUAAAUAUUUGGCAGUUUGGCUCAUUGCAGAAGGCAGUUGUAUUAUGAGUGGUCUAACUUAUAAUGGCAGAACAGAAUUAGGUGAAGCACGUUGGGAUGCUCUAAAGAAUUGUAAGAUAACAAUCUAUGAGACGACAAUCACACUGCAAGGUGUCAUUGAUUCAUUUAACGUCAAUACCAAUAUGUGGAUGAGCAGAUAUUUAUUCAAACGGUUAAGAUUUUUGGGCAACAAGACAUUAUCUCAUGUGAUCACAUUGAUGUUCCUAGCCAUAUGGCAUGGUGUAUAUAUUGGGUACUUUGUGUGUUUUUCGUCAGAGUAUUUUUACAUCAAUGCUGAAAAAGAGAUUCUCACAGUUCUUGGUCGAGGUGAAGAAAAGAUUAGCCCAACUAGUUUGAUAUUCAAGAUAAGAUGGGUUAUUAUGUAUCUCCUAAAGGCAUUUAUAAUGUCGUAUUGUUUGUUGCCUUUUGUACUUCUUACAUGGACCAGGAUUUUUCAGGUUUACAAAACAACAUAUGCCCUUCCACAUCUUUUUGUUCUGGCUUGGGUGAUAUUUUACAACUUUAUUUAUCCUUCAUUGCGAACUAAGGAAUCAAGCAAGAAGAAAGAGUAGUAUGAAAAAUGCAUUUUAGUGAUUUUGUUUCCAAUCUGAAAGUUACCAAAUCUUCUAUAACUACAAUAUGAUUAUACGAGUUUGUCUUGAGUGCUGUCGAAUAUCCACGUUAGUGUCUUGACAAAUGACAAAUGUUAAAAGUCUGUUAAAUUAUAUAUUUGAUUAGAUUGAGGUCUUUACAAAGAUUGAUCCCCACCAACCGAUAUCCUGUAAAAAAUUUAAUAAAU